AGAUCCGUCUGUCUGGCGGUGGAGGCGCUGCGGCGUGAGUCAUGGGGCAGGGGGUGACUCACUCCCCUCCUGUAGCCUUGAUGAAGUGCUGCUAAUAAUGAACCGAGCCACCAUCCAAUAAUUAAAAAAAUAAAUACACUGAAAAGAAGACGAGUCGAGAUUGAAUACAAUAAACAACAAAGUGUUGAGAGUAAACUCCAGCAGCUGCAUAAACAUCGAUAAGGGAUUGCCCACACUGCUAUUAUGGGUGUGGCUAAUGUGAGAACAUUAAUAAUGCUUAUAUAAUUCAUAGACAGUCCAUUAUUAGUUUGUGAUCAUUCACUAUUACCACAUUAAUUUUUAAAGUGAUGGGUACAAAGUAAACUGUAAGGAGUCGACUACACAAUGAGAAAAGCACUAAUAAUUACGAAUAUACGCUUUUUGUGAAGUGAGAAGUGGGAAAUAGGUCAUAAAAAUUAGUGGUAUGUAGUACAACUGCAACCCUGACGUGACCGGUCCCGAGUCUCAUCCCUGCCCGCCAGACCCGCCUGCCGCCUGUCCCUGAGCCUAAGAGUUACCGCGACUCCCGACUCCCCGAGGCCCGGCCCGUGCCUUGCAUUGUGCCGCCGCUGCAUUGGUGGUCCCCGAGGUGUUGUGAUCGCGAGUGUCACUAUUGUCACAGUUGUCGUACGUGGUGGAAAGAAGUGUCUGAGGAGAGAGAAGAGAGGCUGGUGUGAGGACAGAGGCGUGGUGUGUCCCCAGGCCAAAGCUCGCUUGUCACCUUUGGACAAAGAAACACCCGCCGCUUGACAGCUGCGUUUGGCGACUGGGCCGAAGUGAAUAGCAGCCGGUGGUGAGUGCAGGGCGUGGCCGCGGUGACACUGACACUGACACCCCGCCAGGAUCACUAGUGAGGCACCUGUCUCCCACGAGGCUCUGAAGUGGUGCCCGUCAUCCCACAACUCCCGGGAGGUUAGAGGGGAGCUGCGACUAGAAGGGUGUCCAGAACCUGUCACCGCCCAUACCCGUGCAAGCCCGCUUCCACCAUGGAUGACUUAGCUACUAACCUGGAGAAACUGCGGGUAGCCUCAGAAGAAACAAACUGUGAACCUUUUGAGAAGCUGAUAAACCAGUUGCAUAACCUGGGUCCAGAAGAUGGUGGGGAUGUGUGUGAGGAAUUAGUGAAUGGGGGAGUGCUGCCUCUGGCACUGGGAGCUAUUCAGGGAUCAAAUGAGGACAUGCAGGCUAAAGGAGCUGAGCUGGUGGCUGAGCUGGCUAAGGUUGAGAAUUGUCGUCUGGGGUGUGUGACAGGGGGCCUGGUGCCCAUCCUGGUGGAGAAAAUGUCCAGCCCCAGCACCAAGGUUGCCUUGCAAGCCUGUCGAGCCCUGGGCAAUAUCUGCUAUGAGCAUGAAGUGAUGGUUUUCUGAAUCUUCGGGUAAACUUCUUGCUGUUAUCCAAGGUGUUACAUUACUCCAAUGGUGGUCGAGUGAGUGUCAUGGAGUCUGGGGGUGCCAGCCAGCUGCUAGGCCUAUUGCAGCGUGCAGCUCAGCUUUCAGACAGCCCAGAAGAUCACCAGUUGCGCCUUGUGGCCACUGGCUUCCUCCUCAACUUGCUC